AUGUUUGAUUUAAACGGUGAUGGUGAUGUGGAUUGCGAGGAGUUUGAGAAAGUUGCCGCUCUUAUCCGACAGCAGAGCAGCAUUGGCUCCAGGCACAGAGAUCACGCUAAUACCGGUAACACGUUCAAGGGGAUCAAUUCUGCGCUAACAACUUAUUUCUUCGGUCACAAACUUUGUGAGAAACUGACAAUCGAAAAGUUCUUAGACUUUCAGCAACAACUUCAGAGAGAAAUAUUAUCCCUUGAGUUCAUGAGAAAACAACCAGAUGAAAAUGGUCGCAUUACCGAAGCUGAUUUUGCAGAGCUCUUGUUAGCUUACGCUGGUUACCCAGCCAAGAAAAAGGCAAGAAUGCUCAAACGAGUAAAAAAAACUUUCCGCGACCACGGCGUGGGCAUUACCAAAGACGAUUAUUUGAAGUUCUUCCAUUUCUUAAAUAACAUAAACGACGUGGACACUGCACUAACAUUCUAUCACAUCGCGGGCGCGUCGAUCGACCAACCGACGUUACGUCACGUGGCAAGGACUGUGGCGCAUGUCGACUUAGACCCGCACGUCAUAAAUGUCGUCUUCACCAUCUUCGAUGAGAAUAUGGACGGCCAACUUAGCAACCGUGAAUUUGUGGCAGUCAUGAAGAAUAGAUUACUUCGAGGCCUCGAGAAACCGAAGGACACAGGAUUUGUUAAACUUAUGUAUUCUCUCAUCAAAUGCGCGAGGGACACCAAACCAGCCAUAUUAGAUUUUUGA